CAGAACUUACUAGAGAGGAAAUAACUGGCCCUGGCUGAGAGAUUUUUAUCAGAAGCUAUACAGUAGGUGCUACCAUUCCCCAUAGCCCAAGACGGGCAGGGGAGAGGGACUAUCUUCAGUCUAGAAAAACACUCACCCCUUCCUCAGAACAUUUCAACUGUGAUGGAAGAGACUGUGAUUAAGCCUCAGAGAGAAGUGCAAAUCUGGAUGGUGACACAAUAGUGCACAAUCCAGAAUGGAUGUCCUCGUUGUAGCCAUCCUCGCUGUGCCACUCAUCCUGGGACAAGAAUAUGAGCAUGAAGAAAUACUGGAAGAGGAUGAUUAUUAUCAGGUGAUCUAUUAUUACACUGUCACCCCCAAUUACGAUGACCUUGGUGCAAAUUUCACCAUUGAUUACUCCAUGUUUGAGUCAGAGGACAGGCUGAACAGGUUGGAUAAGGAGGUAACGGAAGCAGGAGAGACUAACAUUAAUCUUGAAACCGAAGCAGGAGAGACUAACCUUAAUCCUGAGACAGAACGUCAAGACCAUCUGAAGCCUGUAACAAGGAAACCAGCGACAAUGGAAACUCAGAGUCCAGAUCUGAAAGAUGCUGUGUCCAGUCUGCAGAGUCCUGUCUCCCUCAUCCUGUCCUGGGCCCUCAUUCAGGGGGGGAUGUCCUUCACGUAGAAGGAAAGAAGGCUGCUACAACUCCUUGGAUGGGAAUUUGGGGGAAGGAAAUUGGAAGAUAAAAUAAAGAAUACAAUAAACAAUCUGGUUAUUCUCCUACUCCUCCGUGAGGGUGUCUUCUAAAGCCACAACA